AUGGUCUCUUCGGAUUGUCUUUGUGGCUGCUCCAUUCUCCUUAGAAUUGGCCAGAUCCUACUAGCCGUAGUUCUUUUGACCACAGUGUUGUUCCAGACAAACAAGGCUGGUCAGUUGUCUCUGUUCUCCUAUUAUUUACCGUUGCUGGCAGCUGUGUGCUCGGUGCUCUUCUACGGGUCAUUGCUUACUCAUCGUUUGCUCAUCCAUUUUUCUCCGAUCAUAGUUUUAGCUGGUGAGUUGAUCAACUGCGCGUUGUGGAAGAUGUCAUUUGUUACCUCUUCGUACGACUUUGCAAAUAACAAACCUCGCUCCUUCAGUUCGUGGUGGACAAUCACAACUGUCGGAUGCACCUUUAUGGGCUUUGCCUUUUCCACUUGUGCUUUGGUGUUGUUGUGCAGUGGCUCUAUCAGACAUGCAUGGAAGUUUGAGGAGUGGAAGAGUCGGGAAUAUUUCCUCUUGGGAGGAAUUUUCCAUAGACCAGGCACCAAGGAUGCUUGUUAUGAAAAGCAGCAUUCGGACGAGGAAUGGACAGAAGAAGGAAAGCCCCAAACCAUUUACGGUGCCAAUCCGGAAGAUUUCAUCAUAACCUCGCAGAUCAGUUUGGAUCUGAAGUAUCUGAUGGAUAAGCAGGAAAAUUACGAAGAUUCCUUUGAUAGAAGAUCGGAGGGCUACAUUCUGGACAACUCAUUCAGCUCCGACUGUCAAUCUACCCGUAGUUAUGCGUCUCUGGAGGCGCCAUCAGAGGUUUCUACGAUGAAGGGAGAUAAUAGCGAAAUCCAGGGGAUUCCGUUUGCUGAUGGCGAUAAUGACGAUGGAGGAGGAGAUGGCUGGCGCAGAUGCUCGAGCACUGCUAACGGGGCCAACGUUCCUCAAUUCUACGAAGAGUAA